GCAAGGAAGAAGAUGGAGUCAGAGUUCCUCUACGACCUGUUGCAGCUCCCAAAGGAGGUAGCUCAGCCCACGGAGGAAGAGCUUCCACGAGGAGGAAAGAAGAGAUAUCUGUCGCCCAAUUCCAAGAGGAACCCCAAGUUUGAACAACUGCAGAAGGUGCUGAUGGAAUGGAUCAACGCCACACUCCUCCCAGAGCACAUCGUGGUCCGCAGCCUAGAGGAGGACAUGUUUGAUGGGCUCAUUCUGCACCACCUGUUCCAGAAGCUGUCGUCGCUCAAGCUGGAAGUGGAGGAAAUCUCUCUGACCUCAGCCAGCCAGAGGCGCAAGCUAGGGGUCAUCCUGGAGGCCAUCAACCAGAGUCUUCAGGUUGAAGAGCAGCAGGCCAAGUGGAGUGUGGAGACCAUCUUCAACAAGGACCUGCUGGCCACCUUGCAUCUCCUGGUGGCCCUGGCCAAACGCUUCCAGCCAGACCUGCCCCUCCCAGACAACAUCCAGGUGGAAGUCAUCCACAUAGAGAGCACCAAGAUGGGCCUGAAGUCGGACAAGCAGGUGGAGCAGCUCACAGAGUGCAACUCACCCAAGGACCAGCCUUCACAGGAUGCCUUUGAUGAAUUAUUUAGGCUGGCUCCGGAGAAAGUGCACGCCGUCAAAGAGGCCAUUGUGAGCUUUGUCAACCAGAAGCUAGAAGGCCUGGGCCUAUCUGUGCAGAGCCUGGACACCCAGUUUGCAGAUGGCGUCAUCUUGCUCCUGCUGAUUGGACAGCUAGAAGGCUUUUUCUUGCAUCUGAAGGAAUUCUAUCUCACUCCCAGCUCUCCCACAGAGAUGCUGCACAAUGUCACCCUAGCCCUGGAACUACUCAAGGACGAAGGCCUGUGCAGCUACCCCAUCAACCCUGAAGAUAUUGUGAACAAGGACACCAAGAGCACACUGCGAAUACUUUACGGCCUAUUCCAGAAGCAUUCACUGAGGGCAGCGGGCGACAGGGCACACCAUGGUACCCCAAAAUAGUCACCACUACCUCUCCAAGCUGUUUCUCAGGGGCUGCCACCUCUGGAGGACACAGCGGUCCUAGAUCUUCCCACACCAGCCUUGUUACUGUGGGUUGGUGACAUGCUUCCUUCCCACACCUGUCUUGCUUGCCUUUGACCCCACCAGAUGGGGACCAAUCUUGUACCCACCCCUGCUUUAUGAAUUGUAUUUAAGUGGGUGAGGGGAACUCUGCAUGCCUGGGUUAGCCUUUAACUGUGGCAAAAAAAGAGUUUGGUUCCCAGGCUAGACCAGCCUUAUCAGCCCUCCAGUCUGUCUACUGGAGCAGUUAGUGGCUGCUCAGACCCCACAAAGCUGACCAUCCCCAGCCAAAGGCUCUUUGGCAUCAAGACUGAUGGUCUCAGGCCAUGGUCUCUGCAUACUUAGUUCCUGAUCAUCUCCCUUCCACUUGGGGUGAUGAGCCCAGAACCAUCCCAAAGACCAGAGAAACAUGUAGACCCCAUGUCAGAGUACCCUGGCCAGGCUCUCCUUACAGCUGCAGUCCUGAGCUCUGCCCUGAGCCCCAGGGAAAGAGAACUUGGAGUUGAUUCUUGGGCUCAAGUUAUCUCUGGUCUGCAUUGUGUCCUGUGAGACUUAGUGUCUUGUGCAAAGAGAGAGAAACAGCUAAAGAACUGA